UCCCAUUUUUCUCUCUUAUUUGCAUGGGAAGAUUUGCCAUAGCCAUAGCCAAAGCCAAGACUUCAAUGCUCAGGGAAGCUAAGCGAUCCUUUGAGCGUCCGUUGAGCAAAAUCGCCAGUGCUGAUCGGGAGAAUAUCGAGAAGUGUCGGAAGUCUUCGUCGAAGGGUAAUGACAUAAAAGUUUCAUGGUCCUGGGUUCCGCAUCCAAGGAGCGGAAUAUAUUUUCCCGAAGGCCACGAAUGGGUGAUGAAAGACGUUCCGGAGGGAGCGGCGUCGUUGGACCAGACGUAUUGGCUUAGGAAUGUCGACGGUGUCGAUAAACCAGAGCCAUCUGAUCGUGAAUAUUUUCCUAGUGACCAGCACUAUUCCCAUGCAAAUAUUUGAGAGGGAAAAAGAAAAGUUUAACUAGUUAAUUAUUAUUAUUUAAUGGAGUAAACAUUUAUAGACUUAAACAAAGUGUUGGGAUCUUUAGGGGAUUUUAAAUAAAUGUUUUGGCCUUGGCUGAAA